UCAUUUUCAUGAGACGGAAGUAAGCAAUACAUCGCCGAUGACUCUCAUAAAACAUAUUUCUUUUUAAAAUAUUCACAAGACGACAAGCUAAAGAUAAGAUACUGGGAAAGUCUUCUUCCUAAACAGUAAAAGAUGCACGGUCGAGUGAAGAUAAAAUCCACCGCCCAGCAAGAGGAGGAGAAAAAAAAGGAACGGGAGAAGAAAUUGAAGAUAUACACGACAACACGAGAUGCCUGUUUUACCAAGAGGAAGGACGGCAUUUGCGAUGAAGAGGCCAUCCAAUUGACCCAGCAGCUGCUAUCAUCAAACCCUGACUUUGCAACCCUUUGGAAUUACAGAAGGGAGAUCCUCAUGCACCAGGAGACCAUCAAGGACGAGAGUGAAGUGCAAAAGAUGUACCAGGCUGAGCUGUCUUUUCUAGAGUCUUGCCUGAAAGUCAACCCAAAGUCAUACGGGAGCUGGCACCACCGAAGCUGGGUCUCGGAACGGGCGCCUCAAAUGGACUGGGCCCGAGAGUUGAGCCUGUGCGACCGCUGCCUCGGCCUGGAUGACCGCAACUUUCACUGCUGGGAUUACCGUCGGAUGGUUGUGAAGAAAUCCGCCGUCCCCGUUGGAAAGGAGUUGGAGUUCACCGAUCGUCUCAUCGGUUCCAACUUUUCCAACUACUCCAGCUGGCAUUACCGCAGUACCCUGUUGCCGCUGCUGCACCCGCAAUCUCCCGAAUCGGCCCCCCCUCCGGACUCCUCGCCGCAGUCGCACUCCCAUCGCGUCUGUGAGGAGCAGUUGCUCAAAGAAUAUGAGCUUGUGCAGAACGCUUUCUUCACCGACCCCAACGACCAGAGUGCUUGGUUCUACUAUCGCUGGCUGCUUGGCAGAGCCGAGCGUGAAGAGAUGAUAAGUUGUGUUUUCAUUAGCCGGGAUGACGAGAGGGUGGCUGUUGCCUUUUCGAGGCCAGUCCAGGUGCAGACCGUUGGCCUACUGCUUUUCCUGGACGGUCAGCCGCUGAAAGUGGACUGGAGGAGUGUCCACCCACGAUUCAAACAUAGUCCUGUCUGGAUAUGCCAACUUCCCCCGGGAUCCAUCAGCGACAUCGCUAACGAACACAAUCUGGCGGUGCACUGGUCCGAGAAAGCCUCUCGUCGAGACUGCGCCCUUUACACCGGUCGAAAUGAGAGCUGGUGCCGCGAUUCUGCCACUGAUCAGGAGCUCUUCAGGAGUGAGCUCUCUGUGGAGAAGAGUUCCGUGUUGCAAGCUGAGCUACAAUCAUGUAACCAACUGCUCGAACUAGAGCCGCUCAAUAAGUGGUGCCUGCUGACCAUUAUCCUACUGAUGAGGGCUCUCGACCCCCUUGGCUACGAAAAGGAGACGCUCGCUCAUUUCCAAACUCUCAAAGAAGUGGACUCCAUGCGGACGGCCUAUUACAGCGACCUGUGCAGCAAAUUUUUGAUUGAAAACACCAUUUUGAAGAUGGAGUAUGCCGAAGUGCGCGUCUUCAGCAUCUCCAACAAGAACCUGACCACCUUGUGCCAUUUGGACCAGCUGCUCCUUGUCACUCACAUCAAUUUUUCCUCAAACCAGCUACGGCGCAUUCCCGCUCACUUCUCCAUGUUACAUUGCCUGGAGGUGUUAGAUGCUGAUAACAACUCUAUAGAGAAUUUGGAAGGAGUCUACCGCCUACCUAAACUGGAGGAGGUCCGCCUGAAGAAUAACAACCUCUCCACGCUGGCAGCGCUCCGACCGCUCGCCACCUGCCCCAAGCUGCGGCAUCUCGAUCUCCGCGGCAACCCCGUCGCUCAGAACGCCGACGCCGAGUCGCAUCUGGCGGAGCUCCUGCCUUCCUUGGCCUGUCUCCUGCUCUGAUGUGCCGACGGUGGGCGUUGCGACCAUCACUCAAGGAUGAUGCCGCCGUCGCUGCCGGCUGGUGUGCGAAGGAGUGAGUGGAUCUUUUUUUUUUUUUUUUUCUUCCCAAGUGUGCUGUCACUCCCACUUGUUUGGUAGAAAUGUGAUCAAAACAGCCCCCACUCGUCUGAAUGAAGGCAGAUAUCAAAACACCUGUAAUGAAAAAAAUGUGUCGUCCAUGUGUGUGUGUGCGCGUGUGUGCGUGAGUCAUCACUGUUUUUGUUUUUUUUUUGGUCAAAAUGUGCGAAUGAAGGUCUAUUAAUACCUCCGAGUCCAAAUGCAUGCUGCAACAGUGCCAAUAAUGGAACAAAUUGACAGUGUGUGGAUGGAUCAGCGCCAUCCCAUUUUAUAAGCUUUUAAGUCACUUAAAGCAACAGCAAGGAACAUGAUGGAACUCACCCAAUGUGGUGCGACCAUGUGAGCAAACCUCGCUGAGAUCUAGCCCCCUAAAAAAAAUAAAACUUUGCUUGACAUCAUCAUUCCCAAGAUUAAAACGCUGUCGGUGUAAAUAUUUAUCAAAAUGAAUGCGGUUAAUUUAUCAUGCACUUUGAAUAUCAACACUCAACAUUCAGUUUUGCACUCAGCUUCACUACAAAUUGUGGCGAAAUGUUUCAAAGCAAACAAGCUUCAAUGCUAUUAGUUGUUUUUUUUUAACUUAAAAUUCAAUACAGCUGAACCGUGCUUAGCAUUCCAAUCAAUUGGUCACUUCGAUCGGCAACCUAAAAUCACAACACUGUUUUUAACUGUAAUGUUAGCGCUAAUGUUAAUUGCUCAAAAACUAACAAUCCAACACCCCGAUACCAAGACAAAAAAAAUGAUAUCCGCACAUUUCUUAUUGUUGCUUUAACAGCCGCGGCUUAUAAGUGACAAUGGCGAGGUUUCCGACUUGUCACGUGUAUUUCUGGUGGAAAACUUUUCCUGUACUUGUCAAGUGACGCACCCAGGCCUCACAAAACAUUAAAGUGUGUCACUGUUGCCUUCAA